CAGCACACCAGAGAAUAUACCGAAGCGUGAGCGUGACGAUCCACCCACCGGUGGCAGUGGUACGGUUUGUGGCAGUGCAACCCCGAUUGGCUCAACAAGUGGCAGCGUAACGAGCGAGAGGCGCUCAAAAGCAGACAGUCCCACUGGCAGCAAUUCUGCCGGACUGAUAGGUAGCGCUACGAGUGCAUUCACGAGUGAGGAAAUAAGCAGCACAACAACAACCACAGCAGCGCAUGCAUCAAGUAGCACAGUUGAGAGCGUCACUAUCAAUGGUCAAAUUGGAAGGCACGGCUCUCUCACCAUCGUGAGACGUUCUAAUAGCCGCAAAAGCUUCAUACAACUUGACGCACAACAACAAAGUAUUCUCACAUCACCAUCAACUGCUGCAACAACACCCAUAGGUGGUCCUACGCAUCAACCACAACAACAACAACAACCAUUUGCCGGCAUAACCGCCGACUUAGCUGCUCAAUUGCUCUCCAGCAGCGACAAAAAGGGUCAACACCCGCUAAGCAAUUUUCCCGCAGCAUCAAACACUGACAAUCGCUCAAAAGAUACCAACAAAAGUAAUAACAGUAGCAGUAGCCGCAUUGAAGCUGAGUCCACCAUUCCUGCGAGUGUUGCACCAAGCACCGGGAUCGCGGUCCAACAACUGCUGCCCAAUUUGGCAGAAGUACGAGUGGGCCAAGCCAACAACGCCACUGCUGGCAACACGAACAGCAGUAAUACAACCGCAGCCGCUGCCGUCGACAUUAGCCACUCCGGCAACAACACAAGCAGUAGUGCUGUCAAUAGCAUCAAAAGCACCAGCAUCGUCAAGGCCAACAACAAAAUGCAAUCAUCACCACCGAAUUCACCGAAUGCCGCCGAUAUAAAUGAGGGUUUGCGCGAUAAUGGGGAAAGCGAACGCGCGUCGGAGGUAACCGUAGCAUCGGGCGUUUCGGACACUUCGGCAGUGUGUCUCGACUUGGCCACUGAAAAUUUACCAGCUGUCGAUACACCGGACGCAUGCGAUAAGGCGGCCGUGAGAUUGCGCUGCUUAUUGCAUUUAAUAAAUACCGGCGAAAUUUCAAAUGACAUUUUGCAACGUAAUCUUCAUUACGCGGCACGCGUACUCGAAGCCGUCUUCCUCGACGAGUCCAAACGCCUCGCCGACGAAGAUGAUGAAUUGUCUGAGGUACAACCGGAUGCUGUGCCACCUGAGGUGCGUGAGUGGUUGGCCUCCACUUUUACGCGGCAAUCAGCGACCACACGCAGGCGAAACGAUGAAAAGCCGAAAUUUCGCACUGUUGCCCAUGCAAUACGCGCUGGUAUAUUUGUGGAUCGAAUAUACCGCAGCGUCUCACGUACGGCGCUCAUGCAAUUUCCGCCUGAAGUUGUCCAAAUACUCAAGAAUCUGGAUGACUGGUCAUUUGAUGUGUUUGCUCUGGCGGAGGCCGCUGGUGGUCAACCGAUCAAAUACCUCAGCUACGAUUUGCUCAACCGCUACGGCAUCAUACACAAAUUUAAGAUAGCCCCUGCCACAUUGGAAAUAUUUUUGAAUCGCGUCGAAGAGGGCUACUGCCGCUAUCGUAAUCCAUAUCACAACAACAUACAUGCGGCCGAUGUUACCCAGACGACGCACUAUGUACUCUGCCAGACGGGUCUCAUGAAUUGGCUGACUGAUUUGGAGAUAUUUGCCACGUUGCUUGCCGCUCUCAUACACGAUUUCGAACACACCGGCACCACCAACAACUUCCACGUAAUGUCCGGUUCAGAGAAGGCAUUGCUCUAUAAUGAUCGCGCCGUAUUGGAGAAUCAUCAUGUGAGCGCCGCUUUUCGUUUGCUCAAGGAAGACGAUUGCAAUAUAUUGAAUAAUUUGUCACGCGAAGAGUUUCGCGAAUUUCGUACACUCAUCAUUGACAUGGUGCUGGCCACCGAUAUGUCCUUCCAUUUUCAGCAACUUAAGAAUAUGCGCAAUCUGCUAACGCUCAACGAGGCUUCGGUGGAUAAGUCCAAGGCGAUGGCAUUGGUACUGCAUUGUUGUGAUAUUUCGCAUCCGGCAAAACGUUGGAAUCUACACCAUCGCUGGACGAUGCUGUUAUUUGAGGAAUUCUUUCGUCAAGGUGAUCUAGAGCGUGAACUGGGCCUGCCGUUCAGUCCGAUGUGUGAUCGUAACAAUAUACUUUUCCCAGAGUCACAGAUCGGUUUUAUUGACUUCAUUGUGGAUCCGAGCUUAUCGGUUAUGUCAGAUAUGCUGGAGUAUGUGUUGACUCCGUUGGCGCCCAUGUGCAAAACGACGAAUGCGAGCAUAGAUGCGGGCGAUGCGCCGGUAUGUGGCGCUGCAUGUAUACGCAAUAAGACUAGCGCAAGCGGCGCCGACGAAAGUGGCACAUCGGCGAGUUCGCAACAGGAAGAUGGUAGCGGAAAGCCUUGUGCGGGAAAAGUGGCGCCAAAGUUUAGCAUACGAAAGCCAUGGCUGACUUGUCUCAAUGAUAAUAAGAAAAUCUGGAAAGAGCAGUCGCUUAAAGAGGAGGCCGCUCGCAAUGAAAAGGCUCAGAAAAAGGAGGGUGAAGAUGGCGAAGAGGAGUAAAUUCUGUGUGCGGUGCGGAACUGAGAAUUUACAGCAGUUGAUUUAAAUAAAGGCAACACCAUAUUUUGGAACUGAAUAGAGACUUACAUGUGUAAUAUGUGGCGAGAAAGUAGGUACAAUAAAGAGAUAAUUUAACGUAUACAAACAUACAUGCAUACACACAUACAUUUAUGACAAAUAUAUUUAACUUUAAUUGAUGAAAUUAUUAUUUUUAAAGCAAAUAUCGAAAUAUUACAUGAUUGUCAACAACAAUUCGGGUUAUUGUUGUGCUGCGUUAUUAAUAUUUAAUUAUGUAGAGAAUUUUUUUUUAAAUAAUACAAAAAGUUAUAAAUAAAAAUUAGUAAUCAAAUUUUAAUUAAAUAGAAAUCAGCAUUUUUAUGUAGUAAGUGCUUACACACACAGCUACAUGCAUUGAUAUAAAUAAAUGAAUAUUUGAAAUGCAUGACAAAUUCAUAAAAAGUUCAAAUAAGCCAAGUAAUGAAAAUUAUACGACAGAAAGCAAAUAAAUAUCAAUAAAUAAAUAUUGAGAAUGUGAAAUGAGGAGUAAAUUUUGUUAUAUGAUUUUUAACAAAACCACCAGGAAAUUAAGUGGCUAAACGAGAUUUGAAUGAAAAAUAUAGCGCUUAAUGACAUUGAUGGCUACUCAUGACAAAAAAAAGCACAACAACAACAAUUGCGAAAUACCACAAUUUAAUAAGUAUUCGCUUAUUUGAUUAUUUACGGUGCAAAAAAAAAAAUGGAAAGCAUAAAAGUAAAAAUUGAAAAAUUCAAAUUUUCAAACAAAAAGUGGUAGAAUAAACUCAAUCAAUCAGCAACAAUGACAAAUUUUCAUAUACAAGCAUACAUAUAUACAUACAUAUAUACAUACAUGAGUAAAAUGUAUAUAAAAACACUAGUGGCCGCAAUACAAAACUGCAUCACAAAAUAAAAUUAAAGCUAAUUUAAAAGUAAAGUGCAAGCAUAAUUCAAAAAACAAGAACAAAAACAAAACAAGAAAAAAAACGAUAUGAAAGCAUAAUGUGACUAAGACGCUGGCACUAAAUAUAGAUACAUGCAUACAUAUAAACAAAUAUAGGCAUACAUAAGAAACGUAUGAUUUCGAAACUGUACAAUUGGCAAUAAGUUAAAGUUGUGUGUAAUUUAAAUUUAGCAUUAAUCAGCAGAAAUAUUGUUACAAUUAGUGUUUCCUUUAUGAAUUGUUUAACAAGUCAAAACGCAUUGUUGAAAGCCUCAAAUUUAAUUAUUAAGUACAAUUACAAAUAAAAUUCCAAAAAAUAAAUAUUGUUUUUUUACGUUAUCUCACUGUCUUUUCUUUAUAAUUUGCCAAAGCUGUUGAAGCAAACAAUAGAUAUUUGUGUAUUUGAUGUAUAGAUGACAUGUUGAUAGAUGUUGCAUGCUUCAAGGCGCAUAAUAACAUUCUUGGCCGUAAAGAUUUAAUAACAACCGAUUUGAGUCUAGAUUUUAGUGGGACUUAUUGAAAUAAUGUGGCCAAAUAAAAUAAAAAAAAAAUGUUGAAAGAAAUAAAUGCGCUUGUUGUGUAGAAAAUAUUAAUAAAAUAUUUAAGAAUAUUUUUAUAUAAAA